AUGGUAAAUUUGGUCAUCUGUAAUUCCGCGAUAAAGUUGGUUCGUCUCAAAAUAAAUUGCUAGUGUUUUUCUAGUGUCUGGUGUUUGAGGAUUGAAGAUUUUUUUGAAUAUUACAUUAUGCUUCUGCUUUUUUAUCGCCUUAAAGAUCUGGAAAACGACAGAGCAGUGUAUAUAAUCUUUGCUGACACCCUAUUCCAUGGCAAAAUAUAGUGUAUUCUGCUUGAAAAGGAUGCAGUUGCACUCGGACCGAUUGCAUAUAUUGAUGAUCUUAGGGUAAAAAGAAUUUUUUUUAUUCUUAAUAAAUCAUCGGUUUUCUUAGCUUCAAUUAUAAUUAUAACUAAAUUAUGACUGAAGCGCAGUCAUAAAUAAUUGCAAUUUUAGCCAAAUAUAACGUAUGUGGUUGAUCGAUUCUACAUCAUUUCAAUAAAUUUUUAAAAGUGGGAAUAUUACAUUUUUCGGAUAAUUUAACUUCAGAAUUACCUCAAUCCAUUGGCCAAAAAUGCUUGAUUUUUGAUGAUGUCUAUGAGGUCCGGUUUGCGCCCACGGCCCUCAUAUGGAGACGACACAGAAUGUUUCUAAACUUAUUAUCAAAAGUUGUUUGUAUACAAAAAAUUCAGCGAAGUCAGUGAAUCAGAUGGGUCCUGCGUUUGUCGUAUGAAACCUGACACAUGUUGGUGAAUCCUGGUUUGAGCCACAUAAAAUCCUUUUUGCAGCUGUCUAAAUAGCCAAGAGUUGUCUGUUUUGGGAGGUACCAAAAUAAUUAGCCAAAAUACGUUCUUGUUUUUGGCCUCCCCAGUCUAAGGUGACAGUCUUCGUCAGACGCACAAUGUCUUCUUCUGUAGCAAAUCAAUCAAAGGGUUACAUCGCAUCGAAAGAGUAACUAAUUGACAGAAAGGAGAAAACACAAUAACGAAUCCACAAAUAAACACCUGGACUAUCAUUUUACCCGCUGAUAAAGUCUGAUUCACUAUCCCAGUAGACAUGAAUGAAUGUUAAACUAAGGUUUACAAGCUUCCAGGCGACUUUGAACAAUACGCGCUUCAUUAAAACGUUCUACAAAGGCAUUACUUUUGCGGAUUCUUUAAACUCUCAUUUAGUUUUUUUUAAAAACAGGACGUCAGCAUCAGGACGGACCAUUACACGAGAAAACCCAACAAGGCCGACAAAGCAUACCACGACUGCCGCCUCGUGGCGCACACAGAUACGUACCUCUGGCUCUCCAACUGUAGUCCGACCAUCUGAGGGGUUGAAUUAUAUGAGAUCAUAUUUUAGGAUUUCUGAGAUCAUUGCGCCGCUCUCACUUAAGAUUUUGGACUCUGAAGUUCACGACGUAGCAGCCGAAAUUGUUGGCCCACCGUUGACAACGCUUUCGUUACCGCAGGACACGAAGUAAUUCGGUGGUUCACAUACGCCGGAAUAAUUAAGACGAAAUGGAAGAAGAACUCACCUUCUUAGAUGUUUUCGUCAGUCGUCAGCCCAAUAGUUGUUUGCUAGAAAUGACCUGCAGUAAACUAUCGAAUAUAAUGUUUUGGCUUUGGUAGAAACAACCUGUUGUGCGACUUCUUCCGAUCUCUAAUGCAUACUGUUGCAGAGCAUCUGCUAAGGGGGCACCAACAAAUUAAAUCACGAGACUGCUCAUAGCUAACGAAACUCCUUGGGCUCUUAUUAAGCUGAACUGUCGACAUUAAGGGCCCACAAACAGGGAAACUGAGUAACUUACACAUCACAUGUUUAAAGGUCUAUUGCAUUAUUUGUCCGAUUUAACGCUUUACUGUCGAGCAAUAAGAUAGAAGAAUCCACUAGCCUAGCAGAGGCAAUUAUUUACCUUUCGUCGGCCGCAGCCUAUUAGUAGGAAGUAAUAGUGCCUUUAAGAGAUCGACGGAAAACUAAAGGUGGGGAUGUGCGAGCACCGGCGGACUGCAAAACUUGAAGUUGGAAUCCGCAGACGGGGACGCCAAAUACCCUCGUCUGAUUUUGACUCAGAUGACACCAUUGCCUGGACUAGGGCCAUUCAACAAACCGGCAUAUCUGGCUUUUAAAUAAAAUAUAGCCUUACUAACUCAUGCUGCAGGUAGAUAUCUUCUUCCAGGGGUCGCAUGCAAUGCCCAUUCCCAUAGACGACCAACUCGGCAGCCGUAUUGAGCCUCUAUAAUAUGCCUAAACAGUGAACGGCACAGACCCAUUUGAGCUCUCGGAAGCAGGUCGACAAAGGCCACGACGACCCUCCCUCACUUACGACGGCUGUUGUACAACGGGUCUGUCAGUCUCAUUGACAUUUCCUUGAAUUAUUAUUCCUCGUCAUGAGAUUAUUCGUAACACUAUAGAUUAUAGUCGCCGGACACAAACGAUCGGUCGACGGCACUCCCAUGCGAGUCGGUCCGUCUCUGACGAUAAAAAGUGUACAUGUCAUUUGGUAACUCAAAUUUGACAUAGACCUAUCUUAUCAAUCGUUUCUUUCUCUUCGGUUACUAUAUUUGCAAGCACAUUUUAAUUUUGUUGGGUUCAAUGUGUACAAUUCAAUUUUAAUGAUCGACUUUCUUUCGUCAGAAAGUACAUCAUUCGUGGUUCAGGCAUUUCAGCAAAUCUUCCUAUUAAAAGUUUCGUUGAGAAGUACAUAAGACGGGGAAUUAUGUGCCCCACGUGUCACAGGUGGUUUUGUGCCAAAUUUCAGCGGGUAUCUAUCAUUAAUCCUAAUGUUAAACUUAGCUUCAACCCUAACGCCAAAAUUGAACUAAACCCUUGCUUUAACCCCUCGGAAUCUAAUGUAAGGCCGCCUGUAAUACGGCAUCUACCUGCUAUCCUGUCUUCCCAAUAAAUGUAAUCAUGAGAAAACAACUAUGAAGUGAUGCGCGGCCUGCAGAUUCUUAGCACCGAGGGUCUUCAAAACAGAGUCCAUUAGUUCUAAUAUCUUCUUUCUUUGAUGUAAAUAUGAUCUCCUCGCUACUACUGAACUAGUAGCAACCGGUCUAGUCGAAUACAAAAUAGUAGAAGUAGUGUUACAGCGGUCGUGUUUCCCUCUUAACAACUGAUGUUUUUUGACACACUGCCAAGUAGCUUUUUAAGUGUUCCGAAACAUUAGUAGUAUAUUUUUGAGCAAGUAUAAAAGUAGGUGAAUAAUCAAUUAAAACACAUAGAGAAGGAGGACUUGGUUGUGUGUCAUGCCCGGACCAAACACUAAAUGUCAAUUUGUUUUAUGCGUCCGCACAGCUAGCGAAAACAGUCAAGUUUAUAUAAUGCAAUUUUCUUUCAGUCUUUCCUCCGAACCCUUGGAUUGUCAACCCGCCGAAAAGAAAAUGGGACGAAAACGCCCGAUAUAAAUGCUCAGUCUCCGCAGUACUUGGAUAUCUGUGCUUCCGGUGUUGGCCUCUUUCUCGGAACAACAGCCGUCCCUGACAGCUACGGCAAUGACCUAUGCUUCUAUGCCCACCUUCUUCUACUAAAGGCUUCCACUGAUGCCAAGCGGAAACCACAAAGCGCAAGAAUCGUAGCAACUGAUGAAUGUAUAACUAUAACACAAAUAAAGCCAAACGUAAGGCUCUUUUUUGAUUGCGUUAAUUAUGCAACUUCCUUAAUGAAAGUGUAUACUUGAUUAAGUCCUCUGGAAAAGUUCUCGCCGAAAUCAGCAGUGAAAUUGUAUCGAGCAUAUUCCACAAUUUUUCGACCACAAAUAAUGCCACAGAGAAUAAAUCAUAAAAGAUUAACCAGAAAAUCACAACAAUAGGCUAAAUAAAUUUAUCCAUAUAUUGUAUAUAUUUAUUUAUAUACUGUGCCCAAACAUGACUUUUUGGGGUCAGACCCGAAAUUUUAGUGUGCCUUUGGGUCGAAGGCAAUCAAAUAUUGCAGAAUAACCACGUAAUGUUAUCCUACCUCCAUGUCAUGCACUUAAUAACUCCAGAAAUUAUUAGCUUAGCAAUUCUCUGAAGUUCACGCAUAGAAACUGCAUAGAGUACGCUGGAAGACUCCCUCAGGGGCCGAAUCCCUCGCAGCUGUGUGAAGCAGCGGCAGAAUAUCGACGAAACACGUGUCUGGGCUUUUAGCUAAUACACAUGACCGGAGUUUGGUAUGGCCAUCCGUCACAUAAAAUUGCACCAGUUGUAGCACUACUUGUUCGUAGUGUGGAUAUUGCGUGGUUAUUCCACAGUAGUUAAUCGCCUUCGACUUAAAUGUUCACUGAAAUUUCGGGUCUGACUAAAAAUUCAGGCCUCGGGUCUUAGCUCCAUGUCCUGCAGCUCCAUUAUUCUCUGGGAUCUGGAUAUCAGAAACCGCAUAGAGAACGCCGGAAGACCUACUGUGAAGUCGAACCCUUCACAUCCGCUUCACGUAGCUGUAGAAUAUCGGCGAGACACGUGUCUUUGCUUUUAGCUAGUAUCUACGUCGGGAGUACGGUAUGACAAUCUUUCAUGUAAAUAUUGUGUAUCAUUGAAACUCAGGUGAUUUACAUACUCAUUACUGGAAGUGUUCCAAAUUCGGAAAAACCACAAUCAUAAAUUAAAAAAUAACUUAUUUGCCUGUCCAGCCUUUUACAAUUUAAAAAGACCAGUAAAAAUGCUGUUUAAUAAAAUAGGCCAUAUUUUCUAACUCUCUGAAUUUCCUACAAAAGGUAUACCUUCUUCAAAUUUUACAUAGGUUUUUGCAAAAGAGGUAUGUUACAGAGAAAGGGACUGAAAUAUUUUUCCGUGCUUGUUGUGUCUUGACUCUAUAAAAAAGAGAUGUCCAAUGUUCAGUUGGGAACAGUUUCAAGUCAGGCUUUCGUAAUUAUAGGGUGAUGUGCAAAAACUUAACAAAGAAUUUAGUUGAGAGCUUCAGAAGACUAAGUAGAUAUAAUUUCCUGGUAUGAAAACAUUAAUUAAAAGAUGACACUGCGAUAAAUGUGCUAGUGUUCUUAACUUCAUGUGUGAGAGGUCUAUAUUACUUCUUUAGCGUCUUCUUGCCAAAUGCUCGUUAGAGCACCUUUCAUAUGUCUGGAUUCAUCCAAAGGACCCGUUUGUGUUUGGCUUUAUUUCUGCAGAAGAGAAUACCUCCAAAGCGGACAUUCAAUUUAAGUUUACUGCAAUGAAGAUGACUUCAAAAGUAAGAAUAUUAUGACGUGUAUUUAUUUUCCGCUUCAACAUCCCCGGAGACAUUUGUCCUUUUUAAAAACGACAAAUAAAACAAUAUAGCACAGAUAGUUUAACCUCCUUUAUUUCAGGCAUGUCAGAUUGGUUUGAAGGUGAACAUUGAAAUGUUCCAAGAAGACUGAAAUUCGGUUUUCAUAAGAUGAUAAUUCAAACGAUUUUGAAUUCAGAAUUCUAGACAAGUGUACUUGCAAAUCCAGAAACGUAGUGUCCGGACGGAUCGGUUUGCCCCUUCAUUUGAAGACUUAGACUUUUUACCUGAAUUCACCUUCAACUGAAAUCUUUCUAAGUUCGUUUUUACCUAUUAUGUCAACUAAGCUAGCAGUUUACGACCUGUUUGUAUACUUCGAUUUGCGAUAAAACUUAUAAUUCAUAGGAGAGUGAUUAAUUUUGAACAUGAAGCAAAUAUUUUACGCAGGAUGUUAUUAUCAACAAAGAUAAGGGAGACUGGAAUGGCCAUUUCUGGUUUAUCAGCCGUCGUCAGCCAGCCAUACUCAAGCCCGAAGUGUGGAACACACGAGCCUCGAACUCGCGACCUGUUGGUUUAGAAGUCCAUGCCUCUACCCUCCGGGCCACGAUCCCGUUGCCCUGUCGGUUUUCGAUCGGCAAUAUACAAUGGUAGAGGGGGGGGAGGCGCUCACCAACAAGCCAGAAAUGGCCAUUCCAACCUCCCUUGUCUUUGUUGGCAAUAGCAUUCUGCCUACAUUAUGCGCCGUUGUGCGACUGCUUGUUGGGAUCGAGAGAGAGAGAGCCCGUAACGAGUGGAUUCUGUAAGAACGAUCACUCAGCGCCCCUCCCUCUAGCAAACAUUUUACUGUUAUGCUUAUUAAAAGUUGUUUGUUUUCAGGAGAGCAUAUGGUCAAUGGCAGUUCCUUAGAUGGGAACAAUUUGCUUACCAUACUAGGCUGCUUUUGCUCAAUGGUAGAAAGACGCUCGCCGAUCGCGCUACGGAGCUCAUUCUUCCCAUUGUGGUUUGGGGCUCUCUUUCUCGAGUCCCGCGAACAGCCGCACAACGGCGCAUAGUAUACGCAGAAUGCCAUUACCGAUGAAGACAAGGGGGACUGGAAUGACCAUUUCGGGUUUAUUAACCAUCGUCAGCCAGCCAUGCCCAACCCUAAAGCAUGCAGCUCCUGGGGCUCCAUCCCAGGAUCUGUUGGUUAGACGUCCAACGCCCUACCCACUGAGUUAUGAAUUCGCUGUCCUGUUAGUUGCAAUCGGAUAUAUAUUCUAACCAAUUUACAUCAGAAAGUCCAUGUCGAAGCGUUCUGUUGAAUUACUUAUGCCUCCUUUAUCUCUACAAAACCUUCUGAUGCUAGGUCUGUGUGGCCCUGGCUUUUUUAUUUUCGGCUAUAAUUGUCACCAGAUUUAUCUGCCUGCCACAGUUUACUAGCUGUUCACUUCAAGCCGAUUUAAGUGUUUUAAACGUCUUCGAAAUUUGUUUGUUUACAUUUGGAAAUUCAUACUUCUUCAUAACAAGUUCAGUGCAGUUACAUGUAUCUAGGUUUAAAAUUUUCAGGCAAAAAUAUUCGCACAUAAUAUGCGUCACAUCUAUUGUCUUCGUAUGAACCGGGCGAAUUGGGCUCUCCGAGAGGAAUCAGAAAAUUCGGUAAGUAUCCGUUGUUUUAUUGAUAUUAGAGUUAUAUGUAAGUUUCGACUGAAUUUUUACCACUACUCUGUGCUGAAUGUUACACAUAGUCAGUAGCUCAGUCCAGCAGAUUCCAAACAAGCUUCUCAAUGGAAAGUGCGGUCCUGUUUAAUACGCGUUUAUUCGUCGAAAGAAAUCAUAAGUUUCCCAUGUCAAUCUUAAACACGGCAUCAUUUUAAAGUACACAUAAAUUUAUGCUCACCAAAUUUCCCUAAAACUUUGCACUUAUUUGGACUUUAGGGUUUUGCAGAAUUUUGUCGGGUACAAACGUUCGCUACAUUAAAAGAAAAUAUGUUUCCUAGGACGCCUGCACAAGUAUUUUAAGCCAUCCUGGCCUAUUGUAGUCCCCAGUCCAGUAACGUCUUGCACUUUUAGUGAAAGCACUCUUGACUGGUUUUAGCGGUUUAUCAAUUACGGCAUUAUUUUUUGACAAAUUAUGGCAAAUAGAGAAUUUACACAGUCUGACAAUAAUCAUUAUACGAUGGGAUGGAAUCCUUGACACCCGCAAUCCCGACUGCGUCAGUCGACUUCUAGUCUCCUGAAUAAGGUCUAAUUUAGGUUCAGAAGCAGAAAAAACUUUUCGGCAGAAUAGUCCUAACUCGUGGUAAUAACUUAUUGAUGGUCAUUUUAAAAAAUACGUCCUCUUGAUGUUCAGGCGCAGGAUUUGAUUGGGUUGCCAGAUAUGGAGAGGGUGGUGAGAAGGUGCAACAGGCGUAUUCUCGUUGAACUCGUGUGCAGCGAUCCUGAUAGCUGAGAAAAUGCCUGAAUGGUAUGCGGUAAAAAAUAAAAGACCAAAAAGUUGGGAAUAUUUAAACUCCAUCUGAUUUGUGAUCACGAUAUCCUCCCAUGUAGCCAUGGCCUACACAAAACAGACACAUUCAAGAAGCAGGUAACCUAUCUCAAGAACAUAGAGACAUUGCAAGGUGGUCAUGGGCUGAAUUAAAGCGAAGGAAGUUUGCGCAACAGUAAACUCGUUCCCUCAUUCCCUCAUAUGACUAGAAGAGGGUGACGGGAGACGGGUUUGGCAGACUGCCUGAACCCGAAAAAACCGCGCGAGCGUCCCAUAGCAUGGCUUGCAUGUUUAUCACAGUCCAACCAGACUUAAUUUACCUUAUUUGGCUUUACUUGUCAGUAGAAACAGUCUCAAAGUAUGGCCGCUUCAUUCAGCCCAACCUUACAGAGGAACACGUGACAGCGGGGAAUCAGGUUCUGUGUCAAAGUGGGUUGAUAAUCUCAUACCGCAUGCACUUUGUGUGGGUGUCAGCGCACCACACUGGCUCUUCCCAGUGAACUUCCGCGCGCAUCAGUCGAAAGCCUUACCCAUAUGGUUGACUCGAAGGAGACGUCUUUCUAUGGGACUUCGGCUUUAUAAAACGUCCAAUUUAUUACCCUUUUGGCAGUCGGCUUUCAGAAGCGGACCUCAUGUGUGAUUUAGUGAUCAAGAAGAGAUGCUAUGUCCUUUUUUACCUACCAAAGCAUAAAAUCUCCAAAUCUGUGUGGUCAGUGUUAUGUGGAGUUUCUGGCUGCAGGUAUGGCAAAUUGAAAUAAGUAUUACUUGAUUCAGCGCGACUGUCAACUUCAUAUACAUUAAUCCUUAUCUAACAUGAUUAGUGAUUAAUGUUUAAUAUGAUUUAACUCAUGGUUCCCAAUGGGCCCUCGAAACUCAGUUGGCUAGAACUUUGGCCCUACUCGAACCUCCCUCCUGCCUUCGAUGGUUCGAAUCCCAUCGAGAUCGCCGAGUUUUUCACAAUUGGGGCAAAAUAAAUCUUCAUCUUUCUUGAGACUUUGCUGCUUCUUGGAGCGUCACAUGGUCCGGCAUAUAUUAUGAGAAAGGGGAAUCUCGUUGAAUGGAACAAGAAUGUUACUUGCCUAAAAUUUCCAGCCAACACUCCAACCCAUCGAGGGAGGCAAAAUCAUAUUUGUACGGUGAUGAGACCAGGAGUGAACCCGAACUCUCAGGCAAAUCGAAUUCUUGAUCCAGCCAGUUAGUCCCAUUUCCGUAAACUGCCUCCCGAAACUCUACUCUCCACUUAUACGGACUUGGGAUUUUUCUUGUCGACAGUCCCUUUGGGGUUUUGCGUAACUGAUUCUCCUUAUAAUCCCCUAGAUGCGUCGGGAGAGAAGUUGCUUUUUGCUACCUUUUAAACUUGGAACGUCAAAACUGAAUUGAGAACUGAAACCCAGAAAAUAUUCCGUUCAAUCGAUAAACUCACGGUAAGGCAUUCUUUAUUGGGUCUCUGGAUGUUCACAUAAUACAUUAAAUCGGCCUGAACUUGUACGAGGCCUGCUUAACUGUCAUACGAAACAGGAGCUUAAUCUCCUAGAAAUUAUGAAAAUGCCUUUGUAAAUGCUCUUUGGAUCGUAACAUUAUCAUAUGGAUGUUCAGCGAGCAUUGCUAAGCGAUCAGGCCUUCUCGGAGAUAAUAAUUUAGCGAUGCAUUAUACCGAAAACGGACUAGCUGUAGAUGAAACUUGGGCUCCAGACAUGUUGGUUUUUGUAGAAGGUAAUAGAAACGAGGUCCCGAAAUGCUAAAAUCUGUCUUAACAAAUGGAUUUACACGUUAAUUGUGUCAGCUGAGCUUCUCAAGCAGUUGGAGCCACAACCAAGCCAGACGCCGUUUCCUCAUUGCGAUGGACGUGAGAGCGUACUUUUGGUUCUACUGUUACGUUUGAGACAUUCUAAUCUGACCGAUAAGACGUUCCAGAAUUUUUAAGCAAAAAACAUCUGUCUUAAUUUGUUUACUCGAGAGCCGCGAUGCAGUACCUGCGCUCCACUUAUUACGCGCUGGCGCUGUAGAUUGUUUAUAAUAUAGAUUAAAUAGCCGCCGAAAAAAAUCCACAACCUAUGACUACAGUCUGCUGAAGAAGACUAGGAUUUUUGGCAGUUUAACCCCCUGAAUGGCGAAAAACUGGGCUUUUUUGUGUCAUGAUUUUAACAAGUAAACAAGUACUGGAUCUCCGCCCGUGACUGUUCAUCUGUACUUCGUAUAAAACUCGCGCCUUAUUCAUUCACCAAAGGGAUGAUCUACGCAAAUUUAUGUUUGUCUAACCCCUACUGACGCAACUAUUUGUAGUGCGUCAGAAGUUCGACAGACUGACAGCCUAUGGCGUGGUUUUCUUGUUUUUGUAAGACAUAAUGAUGCUAGAAUCGACGAGUUUGUUUUUGGGAUCGUUACGAACUAUUUUGGAGGUACAGCAUACAUACUAGGUAUUUUAGAAUUUGAAGUUCUGUAGGUAUAGUAGCCGCAUUUACCAGAAGACUUCAGGACUUUUAGUUGGCAAAUUCUACUCUUCGGUUCUCAGAUUCGCUACGAAAGGCAUUUCAUAAAUGCACAAGAAGUUCUUUACCAUUACGGACUUUGUAAAUAUGUGAAUCCAAUGCAAAACAUGUUAAAAAGUCGCCUCCGGGUUAGCCUGAUUUCCGACUUUACCGUGGACGGUUUGAAUGACUACAUCCACCGGUAUUGAAAAGACGGACAAAAUGUGGGUUCAUAAUGCAAGCAAGUUCUAAAUAAAUAAAUAAAUAGACUGUUUUAUUUAGCACCCAUAAAGGUACUUUUGCGUUUUUUGCUCUUAAAUAGGAGUCUAUUCCCUAAUUUCGAUGAAAUUUCGAGGACACCAACUUUACAGUUAAAUAAUAUUAAGGAGAGAGCGGUUUUGUCCAUGAUGUAAUCAAAAUGUACCAUUUUCAAAUACAAGAGAGAUUAAUGUGGUUAGUUCUGCCUUCAGCCGUUGCAGUCAGAAAUGCCCCAGUCUUUGAAUUACUCUUUUUCUUUAGCAUUUUGAGAUGCUAUAAAACCGAUUCUUGAGAAAAAAGUAACUGCUUCGCAAGUAACUGGUAGCAAAAAGGGCUUAGAAGCGGCACCUAUCAAAGUGGCACGAGAACGUUUGACGAAAGCUUUCAAAGGCAACAGUCAGACCACCUGAGCGGAAGCUCUUUUGUUGCUUUUCUGACAAAAUUGCUAGCAGCGCGCGUUUAGUCUAGGAGAGAGGCAAUAUUGCGAGGAAGCUACAGAUUCGAAAUUUCUGUCAUCGUGUCACUGAAGUCCUCCCUAUCCGCGCUUGCCUUUUAGUAAAACCCGAGUUCCGGAUAACAUUCUAGCCCACCGGCCGAUCGCUGUGUCAUGACAAGUCAGCAUGUGUUACCCAGAUGCCUUCAUCUGUGAAAGGACUCAUAACCAACAAAAUGGGAUUACCCCACUCCACCAAAAUUGUGAGCAGCGAUACCCGUGAACAGGUGGCAUUUCACGCGGCGAAACCAGUUCGCCCUUUCAUGCAUUGUCUGGGAUGCAAAUGCGCGAACUGCCAACAAAAAAUGAAUCUAUGUCGCACUGUAAACCCUCCUCCCUCCUAAAAUCAGACAAAAGUAGCAAUGCGCGCACAAAAAACGAAUUCGGGUAGUUUUAAAGCAGAAUUUCAUUCUGGAUUUCAUUCAGAGGUCUUUACUGAGACUUAGAAGGCGAGAAAUGUCAAAAAAGAACGAAAACGGCCAGAUGCCCAUUCUUUUUUUGCCCGCGUCUGCCGCAAACAUCGUGUGCUGCUGGAAAUUAUGUUUUUAGGAAAAACGAUAAAUAUGACGCAACCGUAACCACCUAAUCAGUCACAAAAGCAGUCACGUAAGGGUGCUACACUGGCUUGAAAAGACGAACUGAAAGACACGGUUGACGAACUACAGUACUUUAGUUGGGUACUUGGAGCAAAUAACCACUGUCGCAGCUUUGUCCACCAAUGCUUCCAAAGACCAGAUAAAGGACCAGAUACACCUAACCCCACAUUUUUGAGGAGCGUCUGGGGACGUUAAGGACCUUUCUGAAGCCGCCGGCUGUCUUAUCACGCCACAUGGAUUACAAGUAAGUACGUGGAGUUCAGGUUUCACACCAAUCGGAGACAACCCUCUGGUGUCACCUAAUGGGAUCUGUAUGCUUGCAUUACAAAUGCACACUGGUCACGCCGCACUCCCUAACAUAAGUUACCUUCAUUUUUUGCUAGUCCUAAUGGUGUUUUCGGGCGAGUUUCACAAAUAUCAACGAAAACGUCUGCUCUAGCGUUUAGGUCAUCUUCCUGGAAAUAGCUUUUUCAGUUGUUGUACGAGAGAUUUCAGAAAGUACAGUGUGUGGCUUAGGAAAAGGAGACAGGUUAAUGUCUCUGUAGCUAGCAUCUGCUCCUUAAAUAGUUCAUUAACUUAAUACGGUUACAAGUGUCGAGCGUUUGGGCUGUAACAUUUGCCUUGAGCUAUAAGUAAACUCGAAGCAAUUCGUUGGUUUUUUAAUAUUACUAACCCUAAAUUUUUGUUUCCUAACUUCCCAACACUUUUAGUUAUGUCAUAGACUAUGGAUAAGCCGAUAGCAUAAUACUUUAAGACCUCCACGCUCGGGUCGGUCAUGUUAUGUGUUUGCCGCGCACUGCAAGAUAGAAGAGAGGUGAACCGACCGUGUACCGUAGUCCGCCGGAUAACUGUGUAGAGUGCAUAUGAAUGCCACGUGACCCAACGGAGAAUCGACCCGGAAGGUUGACGCACGAUUCAGUCUCUUGACCUAGAAUGAGCGAAGUUUCCAUUGGGCACUAUUGAUUGGGACUUGAGGCUCAGUUGUCGGAAAUUACGCCGUCUGAGACAAAUACGGAGUAUUCUAACUCUUCAGGGAUCUUUACAGUCUGGCAGUGUCUUGUGUAUGUGAUUCGCUAGCGUUUUGACCUCAAUGUUCAAACUGAACGGUCUGUUGGCGAAUGGUUAACCUGCAACUGCCUAUCUGAUGGAUUUCCACAUAAGUCCCUCCAUACUUAUCUUUCCUGUCCCGAUAACCUAGUCAGCUGUAAAACGUUUUGAGCACUGCAGCGGACAUUUUAUUGUGUAAAAGCCCCCUUUUGUCGAUUCGCUGAAAUACUAUUAUUUGCCAGUUUAGGAAUGGGUAGUUGUGUUUAUUUUCAAUGAUCCGCUGAAUUCAGUGCAGUGGGUCGAUUCUUCAGACUGUCCUGAAUUAAUGAGAGAGAAAUUUGCUUUAUUUUGAAAACAUGAAUUCUAGCUAUUCAGCAAAAAUGUACUCCAUCUAAUGUGGAAAGAAUACAAGUUAAGAAAAUACUCAAGAGCCGAAAAGGCUUACACAGAAAAGAACAACUAUUGCGAGGACAAUUCAAGCCUUACUUUCUGUACUGCUGUCUCGUCACACGUAUUAUUGCGUGCCAGGAAUACAAAUGCAGAAUGCUGAUGUGCCGAUGUACGGCAAGCGAUAUGUCGAAAGCCACGUCGUGUGGGACGAAGGACUUCGCAAAGAUCAGUUCAGAAUGCAGAGGAUGAGCAACGCCAAGUAGAAUUCGGCUAGCAAACUGCUUGACCGUCUUGAAAUGUCGUUCAACGAGGAUAUUGACGAAAAAUGCAAAAAAACACCAGCAGCAGAGGAGAGCAUUUGGGGGAUUCGUUUUAAAAUUAACAUCUCUUUUUAUAGAUGUUUUGGCAGAUUUUAAAUAAUUCAAACUUACCCAACUGUUAAAAACUCGGCGCCUCAGUGGGAUUCGAACCCACGCAAUAAGGGAAAGGCUUUAGCACGACCGACGCUCACCGCUCUUCUAGUAAAGCCGGAAAAACAGCAAAAGAACAAUAAAGAAUGAGAGGAAGAAUGCAAACAUCUACGAAUCGAAAGAUAAAGGAUUGAGGCGUGUGGUAGGAAUGUAUAAGACAAAUUUAUUAAACAUUUUUACGAGCAUUAAUGAAAAAGUUCUCAAUAUGGAGAGAAAAUGAAAGAUUUGAUGACAAAGAAACACCAAGGUACCUUAAAGAGGAUACCCCUUUUGGAGGAUCUCCAAGGACUCAGGACUAGGGGAGGGUCGCAGUCGGAAAAUACACUGGACGGAUUUCUGAUUAUUCAGAUGGAGACCAUUUUAUUGCGACCAUACUGAGGCCUGGUCAAGUUCAUCCUUCAGAGACUGGAAAUGAGCCUGAUUUUGGAGAAGGUGACCAACAACCACAUUGUUGGCAUACUUAACAAACAGAUACUCCUUUAGGCAUCUUAAAUCAUCAGUGUGAAGGGAGAAGAUGCAAGGAGAUAAAAUGAGACCUUGGAGAACAUCACAAUUAUUGUGAAGGAGCGUAGAUGUCCGCUCUCCGGAUUGAACAAAUUGAGUGCAGGAAGUACAAUAAUCACCCAGGCUGGUGAGCCGCGCGGAUAUUUUGGUAAGGAAAUGAUGGCGCAGGACGAUGUUGAAGGUGGAGUAGUCGAGAAAUGUACAUGCGUACGCACGUCGACCCUUACCCUGUUCUCUUAGGGCAGAAUGGACCACAUGAGCUACAGCAUCUAAGGUACUACGUUUGGCCUAAUAUGCACAUUGUAAAGGAUUGGAAAAACCGGAAAAGAAUGGCUUUAUAAGAAUUCUAGAUAGCGAGCAUGAAUUCUAUCGGGUCUUACCAUAACAGUAUUGGGAGUACAGCAAAUACCAAAAAUUUCAUCUAAAAAUGUUGUAAGAUGGCUAAAGCCCGAAUCGGCAUUCGAUUGUCUAAGGAAAGCGAGGAUAGUGUAAAAUAUGCAAGACUGAAGUAAGCAAAUGUUUUGGAAGACCCAGUAACGCAGAAUGAUCUGAACCUGACAACGGAGCUCUAGUUUUAAUUCAAAAAGCCCUGAGUGAUUGGUCAAAGUAUGAUCAAGAGGGGUGUCAACGCGAGUAUUGGAGGAGACAGGAUCAUCAAAGCCCAAAAGUGUGAGGAGAAGUAGGUUCACGCAAUUAAAAUCGACGCAUAAUAGAAUAAGUAAAUAGAGUGCCAUGAGGAUACAAGAAAUACUCUGAACAACAGAACCAGGUGCACUAUCGGGCCAUAUUUACUCUGUUGUAGAAACCCGUCCUUUUAAUAUGGGGGUUUGAAGCUUUAGCCUACCUUCAGUCGGAAUGGAACAUCAGAUAGGUAUCAUAUCAUAUACCACAUAAAAUUGAUCGGAAACAUACAGGAACAGGAAAGGUCUAGCCCGCAGACAUGAUUCACACGUAUAUGUUGGGUAAACUGGCUAAACAAGGUGUUGGGUGUAAAAGCGUGAUGAGAAGUAUCAGCGCUAUGGAAAACUAAAACGUUCGUCCAAUGAGCAACAACCGUACUCAGCUAUCUACAUUUCCUUUUCAUGAGGUCGCACUUUUACACCUGAUUGCGAAGGAUUAAGGUAUAAAUCGUACCUUCUGUACACUGUAAGUGCUAUCUUUUAUGCAUUUGUAAAUGUUUAAACACGUCCAAACAAAGACAGAGGAGAUUAGGGAGCCAUUUCUGUCCUGUGAUUUAAUGGUAAAAUUAUGAAAUUAAUAACGCUCGAUGGUCACAAGAACGCAGACGCAGUAAAACGUGUGCUUUAAUAAAGACUACUGACGACGGCUAAUAAGUCGAAAAUGGCCAUCCCUUUUAAAAUGGCCAUUUCUUUUAAAAUGUAUCCCCGGCCGCUAUUUGACCGUCUGCGAGGAUACUACAUUGGGCUCGAUGGCCUGAAGAGGCGAGCACGACUGGCAACCCGAUCGGCGAACACACAUGCAGCAUAUGUACAGUUGGUCACCUGACAUAUGAAAUACGCCUUGUCUAGCGAAGGAUCACAGGGCGAAAUACUUUUUGAAAGCAAUAACCAAAGAAAUAAGUUCUUAGGCGUUCUUUUUCAUGCAGAUGACCGUUUAGUGCGUAUUGGAAACUCGCGCAAUCAUGAAACAUCAGUGUCGAAAGAAAUGAACCUGCGAAGCAAAAUUAAACCGAGUGAUAAAUUUUUUCGAAUAAGUACCUAUUUGGAAAGUGCGUUGCUACUGCAUUAUGUUUGGGGAUCUUAACUUACUACCCCCUUUCACACGGUAAAGCCAAGACAGUAUUUAAUCGUUUUCUUAGCUUUUGUGAAAAAUACGGCUAGCUGAUAUUAAGCAAACGAAAGGACUCGUUUUUUUCUAUAAAUCGCUCUAAUUUUCGCUUUCGUUAGAUUUAUCGGCGCGAAAUCCAGCAAAUUUGCAAAUUUUGAUUUUAAAAAUCGAUAAGAUAUUUUGGUUUUCUAAAAAUGCCUUGUUUCUUCACAACCCGCUCCCCACGGUUAACAUUUGAUCGAAAAUCAAUAUUCGAGUGUGGCAAGUUCUAUUUGGUAAAGCUCCUGGGGUUUCAUUACGUUCAAUCCAAAGAAAAUCAUGUUCGUAUGCGCAAACCGAAUCUCAGACGGCUAGUUACAUAGGAACUUGCCCAGAUAUAUUGUGACGUGCCUAAAAAACUACUUAGACACAUAUUCUGCACAAAAGCGAUAUUUUUUGGAAGGGAGUGCACGGCUGAGCAAAAUGCGCAACCUUUUAGGUACCAAAAUUUAUCAUCUCAAUUCCCAUAAUCAUGCUUAAUAAGUUUAAUCAUAUAUUCCGCAUACUUUUAUUUCAGUCUGCUCUCUGGGUGAGUCGAGUAGCACCGCCCUUCGCUGGAAACUUUCAAAACAUCAGAACCAGAGUCAGCAUUAGCAGUUCUCUACGAGGCACGGAACUGGAGGAUCGCCAAUUGGAUACGAUAAGUGAAGGAUCUUGCCGCAAGACAUCAUGUCCCGAAUACGGAAUGCAAGACGGUAACUCACCGGGUAUGCUGGUUUUGACAGAUUUCACAGAGAUGUCUAAAGUGGAUAGACUAGAGAAAUAUUCCGGAUCGCCAUAGUCCUGUUAACCAUAUUGCUUGAUGAUAUUUUGCCCCUUCUCUUUAUCUACUCUUCUACUGCGCGACCGAAGCCCCUCUAACUCUGGCUUCUGUCGCUUUAAGGCUCGAAACCAUUUCAACGAGGAUAAAAUCAUAGGGAGCCUUUAUUUGCUGUACACUGUCCUUGAGUAACUCUAGGUAUUUCGUCGCACAGGUGUUCGAUUCGUAGAGUCCAUAUUCAACUGCUCACUUGAUCGUUUUGAUUAUCAGAUAACAGCUGAGCUAGAACUAUAAAAGAUAAUUUCAUUUUUCUCCACUGAAGAUGAAUGAGAGACUGGGCAACUGCUGUGUAUCUAAGGUGUAAACACCGUCUAACGCACAAAUCCUGCUCCCUCAUUCGUCGUACCUCUCCGAUCCUCGUCAUCCAACGUGCUUUAUUUCCCCACCUGGUCGCAGGCUCCGUGCCUCUUUUAAUAUUGGUACAAAAAUAAAUGCGUGAACUUUCGAUGUUAAUAAAACUUCAAUUCCUCAACUUAUGACUUACAAGAUUGUCAACCGACAGUCAGAAGUGAAUCUGUGGUAGCCCACUCCCGCACACUUGAUGCAGAGAAACUUUUAAAUCAUUAGGUGAAAUCUAUUAAUCGGCUUUCGGAUAAAGUCCUCCUGAUACGGUUGCCAUGUACGUGCUCUCAGUAUAACUAAUAUGAGAAUGCACUGGCUUCGCAUCGCGCAUUACCUUAAUAAAUUCAGACAGUUCUGACGGCAACACUGAGUAUUUAACCAGUGUAUACUUUCCGCCGUUUCGUUAUUUUGUUAGAAUAUCAGUAUUUUUUUCAAAAAAGGUUGAUAGGAAUGUACUUAUUUAGUUUAGUUACGCGGCGUUUAUCGUCCUGCAUUUUUUGAUCCAAGAUGGCCUUCUUGUUACGAUUCACAGUAUUUUGAGGUUUCCUGUGAACUUAGAAUAUGUGGUGCUUAAACCAUAAUUUUCAUGUUGCUUUGUAGGAACUUUCAAAGCGUUUAAAAUCUUUAUAUUUGGAAAUCGGGCGCUAAAUGAUAUGAACUAUUGACCUCGCACAUGUCAGUUUGCCAAUAUCUUCCUGUCUGGUUGUUAAACCAUCGAAAUCUUGGACUUUCUAAACCGAAGUGAUUCUCAGUUAUAAACACUCUUCUUAUGAACACAUGGCUUCAAUAAAGGGAUUGGGAAAAUUGGACCCUUAUAGGCUCUCCUGAAGAGGAAUAUUGACCUUUUUUUGAGUGUCUAAAGGCAAUCGAAAAAAGUAAUACACAUAGAUUGAGUUUCAUUCAGAAUCAUGUCCUUCUAGUUGACUGAAUAAGUGUUUACUGGAAAGUACGCAAACGAGGUUAUGCAAAUCACUCUGAUUCAUGUUUAUAUUUCGCACUUAUAGGGCCCACCUGUAAUAGCAAAGUUUCUAGUUCAGUCAAGGACGUGAUUUUAUUCGAGCGUAAAAUUUAUAAUUUCAGGUGCCUCUGUAUAGGCUCAGUGUAGGAUCUACAAAUUAUCGCAGUAAGCGCAAAUGAAUAGAUUGGCUACCCUUUCUUUUAUUUUGAUCUCACUUACAGAUAUCGGAGUGUACACUAGGGUGCCCAGGAAAAGCCACUCCUCCAUAAAUUUCACAAGCACAAAUAAGGGCAGUCCAACUGACAUCGGCUCUGAAACUUUAAGCCAAGUGGAGAGCCUGACAGGUCUGCCAGUCACCUUUGAGGAGGAGCAUCCGACGCCGUGUCAGGAAGCCUAG